AUGGAGAGAUUUUACAAAAGGACAAUCCCAUUUUCUAUUGAAGAGCAAAAUGCUAAUAGAAAGAAAUCUAAUGUUGUGGGGAAUCAAAGUGAAACUGAUAUUAUUCGACAAGAAAGUAAUAUUUGCAUAGAAAGUAAUGUUACCUGGGAUCAAAGUGAAAAUCAUGAUGAGAGAGAUAUUCAGGUUGAAAUGGAUGUUAGGGGUGAAGAUAUUCAUAAUAGAAUUGAUGUUACUCAACUUCCUACAGAUCGUGGAUUACGAAUUCCAAUUAUAGAAUAUGAUGUUAAUGUUCGAGAUGAAAUUCGAAGAGCAUACAUACAAUUAGGUCCUUGUCAGCCUCGUAAGCAUAAAUUUCCACAGACAAAAAUUGGAAAAUCAACAUUGAGAUGUUUCCAAGCUUCUUGGUUUAAUGAAUUUCCUUCUUGGUUAGAAUAUAGCAUUGAAAAAAAUGCAGCAUUUUGUUUCUAUUGUUAUGUUUUCCAACCAAUUGUGGAACGAGGAGGUAGUGACCCUUUUGUUGAGAGGGGGUUCUCAAAUUCGAAAAUGAAAGAAAAACUUCAAGAGCACGUUGGAAGUCACAAUAGUCCACACAAUAAAGCUCGAAUUAAGUUUGAAGCCUUUAUAAAUCAAGAGAAAGAUAUUCGAGUAAUUUUCUUAAAGCAAUCACAACAAACACGAAAUGACUAUCAAAUUCGUUUGGGUGCAUCAAUAGAUUGUGUUCGAUUUCUUUUACGACAAGGACUUUCAUUUCGUGGACAUGAUGAAUCUGAAGAUUCAAAUAAUCAAGGGAAUUUUCUCGAACUGUUGAACUUUUUGGAAGAUCAUAAUGAUGAGAUCAAGGUAAAUGUCAUUAUUAACGAGAUUGGCGAUGGGUUAUUUUCUAUUUUAGUUGAUGAAUCUCGUGACAUUUCAGUUAAGGAACAAAUGUCUAUUGUUUUGUGUUAUGUGAAUAAGAAGGGAUGUGUAGUUGAACGUUUUGUAGGUAUCGAACAUGUUUCGAGUACCACAGCUCUCUCGCUUAAGGAUGCUAUUGAUAAUUUGUUUUCUAGAUACAAAUUGAGUAUAUCUAGUUUGAGAGGUCAGGGUUAUGAUGGAGCUAGCAAUAUGCAAGGUGAAUUUAAUGGUCUCAAAGCACUUAUUUUAAAUGAGAACCCAAGUGCUUUUUAUAUUCAUUGCUUUGCUCAUCAACUUCAACUGGCUCUUGUAGCAGUAGCAAACAAGCAUAUAGAGAUUGAAGCAUUCUUUGACUUGGUUGAUAGGGUUGUGAAUGUUGUUGGAGGAUCAGCUAAAUGGUGUGAUCUUCUUAGAGAAAAACAAAGACUCCAAAUUCUUGAAGCACUUAGUCAUGGUGAAAUAUCAAGUGGACGAGGCCUUAAUCAACAAACUACUCUUAAGCAUUCUGGUGAUACACGUUGGGGCUCUCAUUAUGGUUCUUUAUUGAACUUGAUUCAUAUGUUUUCACCUACAAUUGAUGUCAUUGAAAUGAUUGCUAAUGAUGUUCCAAGUUCUGGAAAAAGAGGUGAAGCACGUAAUUUGUUGAGUUUGAUAAUAACAUUUAACUUUGCAUUUAGUCUACAUCUCAUGAAAAAGAUUUUAGGAAUGUCAAAUGAAUUGUCAAAGGCACUACAAAAGAAAGAUCAAGAUAUUGCUAAUGCCAUGAGAUUAAAGCACAGUAUUAAUGUUCCCAACAUGGAUGAUAUCUAUAAACCUCCAGGUCGUUCACGACGUAACAUUCCAAAAAUGACAAAUUUGCAUCACUUACAGGUGGAUUUCUUUUAUGCAGUCAUUAAUAUGCAACUUCAAGAGUUGAAUGAUCGUUUUUUCGAGGUAAAUAGUGAAUUGUGCCUUUGUGUAGCAUGCUUGUGUCCAGAUGAUUCAUUCUCUGCUUUUGAUAAGAAGAAGUUAAUUCAACUUGAUGAAUAUUAUCCUCAAGAUUUUUCACCAAUAGAUCUCUUGGCGCUUGAUGAUAUACUUGAAACAUAUAUUAUUGAUGUGCGUACUGACAAGAAUUUUUAAGGACUAUAAGGCCUUAGUGAUCUUGCACAAAAGUUGAUAGCGACGAAGAAAAAUGAUGUAUAUCCAUUAAUUUACAAACUUUUGACACUAGCAUUAAUUCUUCCCGUUGCUACUGCUACAGUAGAAAGAGUAUUUUUCUGCCAUGAAGCUUGUCAAGACUCGGCUGUGCAAUCGAAUUGGAGAUCAAUGGUUAAAUGA